AUGUUCACGAGUGGGCGUUUCGUCCUGGGAUUCGGCGUCUGCUUUGCCAACGUCAAUAGUCCGGUAUAUGUUGGCGAGAGUGGCCCACCCCGUUUGGUGUGGUCCAUUAUCCGGUACAUCGGAUCUAUCGUUGCGGCAUGGGAGAUAUACGGAACGCAGACUCAGGCUAAUGGAUGGCGCACUCUCCUGUACUGCCAGUUUAUUGCAAAUGACGACAUUGCUCUGGCUAUCUAG